AUGUUACAGCCAAAACACAUAUCACAGACGCUUUCGAGCGUGCUAUCAGCACAAGGGCAGGGCCCAAUUUCUGCAUCGCUCUUGUCUAACAAGGGUCUUCCGUUAUCAACAGUUUCGGUGCCAAACUUGGACAUCUCUUCAGACAAUCUCAAAGUGUUCUCGCUAUUGGCGAUCAAUGCUUUCCACCAACAGGCCAAGGCCAGGAACGCAGAAUUGGACGACUGGACUGUCAUGGAUGUGGAUGGAAACCUCAGGACUAUGGUCAAGCGAUUCUCCACGGAAAAAGGUGUGAAGAACCUGUUGUAUGUGGUGAUCUUCUACCUCAGCAACUACGAGGACGCCAGAGCGAAAGCACAGCUAGACGUGCUUACGAAAACGUUGGAGUCGGAACUACAAGGCUACGUGGCAGCGUAA